GAAGAACAGUGAAGGAGUAUCAUAUAGUGGCUGAUCCUCAUGGGCAAGAUUUUUUUAUUCAGCCCUUUUCAGAGCGAUGUGAAAACACAUACAUGGGUUUCUGGAUGACUGCAUUCUACGUCUAUAAGGGGAUAAUCCUGCUGAGUACAUGUUUCCUGGCAUGGAUCACACGCCACAUGAACAUCCCUGCCGUAAAUGACAGCAGGAGUAUCCGAAUCAGUGUGUUUGUGUCAGUCCCAGUGAUUCUGAUUGGUACAUGUGCAUCCAUGCUGUGGCAGGACCAGCCAAAUGUGCAGUUCUGCAUUGCGACCCUUGUGAUCAUCACAUGCUGCUGUAGCACUCUUUGUAUGGUGUUUAUUCCAAAGAUUAUUAUAAUAAGGAUGGGUCCUGAUCCUGAAUUCUUGUCGAGGAGGUUCCACCUCACACAGUGGCAUAGCGAAUUAGAAAAGGAGAGUGGACUAUACAAUGAUGAGAGGAACAUUAUGGAGCAGAACGACACAGGAGCAUCUGUCUGCGUGACUGACAUGACACAGAACGUCUCGUCUAGUCUGGACAUUCUACUGUCAGAAAACGUACACCUCGUAUGGCACAUCAAUGAACUGGAUUCAGAACUGGAGGAUUUAACCAGGCAACUGCAUGAACUGAGCGCUCAUGUUGUGGAGAAUGUCAUCAUCAGAAGUUUUGUGCACAAAGCAGUCAAAGAGAAAUGUCGCACUCUCCCUGAAAGCUCCAACUGUAACAGGAGACUGCUGGAGGACAUUAACUCCCCUGAACACAUUCAGCGCAGGCUGUCUCUGCAGUUACCCAUCCUACAUCAUGCCUAUCUGCCCUCCAUUGGAGGAGUGGAAUCCAGUCCUCUGAAUAGCCCUUUUGAAAGCCCUCAAUAUACGCCAGUGCCAGGACAUAUGGAGUGCUGGUGACAGGAUUGUGGUUUACUGUACACUAGGAGACAAAAUAAGCAUAUAUAAUAUUUCAAAAUUACCUGUAUAUAUUUUAUAUAUGCAGUAUAUCUGUUAACCUGUAAUGAAACUCACAAUUAUAAUUUAAAUGUAAAAAUUGAAAUAUUUUAAGGUUUAAAAAGAAAGCUGCUUUUUAAUGUCCUGAUUAUAUUUUAAGAACAGAACAGACAAAUAUGUCUCAUGUCAUGUGUAUUUCUAAAACAUUGAGGAAACCUUUGAGAGUGACUGAAUCCAAAACUAUGUACUAUGCACUUUUUUUUUGUUUUUGUUUUGUUUUUUUGUACUAUGUUACACAAUGCAGUGCACUGAAGUGUGCUACCCAUUCUUUAUUGUCUGUGUUCUUAAGGUCAAGAGGUGUACAGACUAAAACUGAAAGUGAUCACUGCUGACUUUUAUGCAAGUGAAAUUCACACCUUCGUCACUAUAUAAGAGUAAGACUCGUUAAAAGCUCUGUGGUU